AUGGGGAAGCAUCUCCUUCCCCUCCUCGUGGCAGUAGCAACCAUCCUCGCCGCCACCGCCGCCGCAAGCCCCGCAAACACGGUGAACUCAACGACGGAGCCAACAGCAUACGAGAUGCUAGGGCGAUAUGGCUUCCCAGUCGGCCUCCUCCCAGAGGGUGCGCAGAGCUACAAGCUCCAACAGGACGGCUCCUUUGAGGUGCACCUCGCAAACGAGUGCAGGUUCCGCGUAGGCGGUUACAGCAUCCACUACAGCAGCCGCGUCGCCGGAAACAUCCAGAACGGCGCCAUCAACGGGCUCGAAGGCGUCAAGGGGAAUUUUGAGAACUUUUAUUGA